CUGCACUAUGGGACCCUCCUGGGCAGCAGAGCUUGUGCCCACAUGGCAGCAGCUGCCUGGGCCAGUGCCUUUCUCAAUGCUCUGCUGCAGACAGCCAAUACAUUUUCCCUGCCCUUGUGCCAUGGCAAUGCCCUGGGCCAGUUCUUCUGUGAAAUCCCCCAGAUCCUCAAGCUCUCCUGCUCCAAAUCCCACCUCAGGGAAUUUGGGCUGCUUGCUGUUAGUGCCUGUUUAUCAUUGGGUUGUUUUGUGUUCAUUGUUUUUACCUAUGUACAGAUCUUAAGGGCUGUGCUGAGGAUCCCCUCUGAGCAGGGACGGCACAAAGCCUUUUCCACCUGCCUCCCUCACCUGGCCGUGGUCUCCCUGUUCCUCAGCACUGGCACAUUUGCCUACCUGAAGCCCCCCUCCAUGUCCUCCCCAUCACUGGAUCUGGCCCUGUCAUUUCUGUACUCGGUGGUGCCUCCAACUGGAACAAGAGUGACCUAA